GUCUGCGCCUCGGUAGCUGGGGAACAGGAUGCCCGGAGCGUGGGCAGGACAACGUCUGCUCUUCUCCGGACCUCGGCCGACUCUGCCCCCAACCGUCCUCGCGGAGCUCGCGCUGGGGGUGAUGGGCAGGUAACAGACGCCCUCCUCACUGUCGUCAGGGAGGCAGCAUGACCGAGUGCUUCCUGCCCCCCACCAGCAGCCCCGGUGAGCACCGCAGGGUGGAGCAUGGCAGUGGGCUCACCCGCACCCCCAGCUCUGAAGAGAUCAGCCCCACUAAGUUUCCUGGAUUGUACCGCACGGGCGAGCCCUCGCCUCCCCAUGACAGCCUCCACGAGCCUCCCGAUAUAGUGUCUGAUGAUGAGAAGGACCAUGGGAAGAAAAAAGGAAAAUUUAAGAAAAAGGAAAAAAGGACUGAAGGCUAUGCCGCCUUUCAGGAAGAUAGCUCUGGAGAUGAAGCCGAAAGUCCUUCCAAAAUGAAGAGGUCCAAGGGGAUCCAUGUUUUCAAGAAGCCCAGCUUUUCUAAAAAGAAAGAGAAGGAUUUUAAAAUAAAAGAGAAACCCAAAGAGGAAAAACAUAAAGAAGAAAAACACAAAGAGGAAAAACAUAAAGAGAAAAAGUCAAAAGACUUGACAGCAGCUGACGUGGUUAAACAGUGGAAGGAAAAGAAGAAAAAGAAGAAGCCAAUUCAGGAGCCAGAGGUGCCUCAGAUAGAUGUCCCGAAUCUCAAACCCAUCUUUGGGAUUCCUCUGGCUGAUGCAGUGGAGAGGACCAUGAUGUACGACGGCGUUCGGCUGCCGGCCGUCUUCCGGGAGUGUGUGGAUUAUGUGGAGAAGCACGGCAUGAAGUGUGAAGGCAUCUACAGAGUGUCAGGAAUUAAAUCCAAGGUGGAUGAGCUGAAAGCAGCCUAUGACAGAGAGGAGUCUCCAAACUUGGAAGAGUAUGAGCCUAACACUGUAGCCAGUUUGCUGAAACAAUACCUGCGGGACCUGCCCGAGAACCUGCUGACCAAGGAGCUGCUUCCCCGCUUUGAAGAGGCUUGUGGGCGGAGCUCGGAGGGCGAGAAGGUGCAGGAGUUCCAGCGUCUGCUGGAGGAGCUGCCCGAGUGUAACCGUCUGCUGAUCUCCUGGCUGAUCGUGCACAUGGAUCACGUUAUCGCCAAGGAGCUGGAAACAAAAAUGAACAUCCAGAACAUUUCUAUAGUGCUCAGCCCGACUGUCCAGAUUAGCAAUCGUGUCCUAUAUGUGUUUUUCACACAUGUGCAAGAGCUCUUCGGAAAUGUGACACUGAAGCAAGUGACGAAACCUCUGCGAUGGUCUAACAUGGCCACGAUGCCCACACUGCCCGAGACCCAAGAGAGCAUCAAGGAGGAGAUCAGAAGACAGGAGUUUCUUUUGAACUGUUUACAUCGAGAUCUGCAGGGUGGGAUAAAGGAUUUAUCUAAAGAGGAAAGAUUAUGGGAAGUACAAAGAAUUUUGACAGCCCUCAAAAGAAAACUGAGAGAAGCUAAAAGACAAGAGUGUGAAACCAAGAUUGCACAAGAGAUAGCCAGUCUUUCAAAAGAGGAUGUUUCCAAAGAAGAAAUGAAUGAAAAUGAAGAAGUCAUAAAUAUUCUUCUUGCCCAGGAGAAUGAGAUCCUGACUGAACAGGAGGAGCUCCUGGCCAUGGAGCAGUUCCUGCGCCGACAGAUCGCCUCGGAGAAAGAAGAGAUGGAACGCCUCCGAGCGGAGAUCGCCGAGAUCCAGAGCCGCCAGCAGCACGGCCGCAGCGAGACCGAGGAGUACUCAUCGGAGAGCGAGAGCGAGAGCGAGGACGAGGACGAGCUGCAGCUCAUCCUGCAGGACCUGCAGCGGCAGAACGAGGAGCUGGAGAUCAAGAACAACCACCUGAACCAGGCGAUUCACGAGGAGCGUGAGGCCAUCAUCGAGCUGCGGGUGCAGCUCCGCCUGCUCCAGCUGCAGCGCGCCCGGCCCGAGCCCCCGGCGGAGCCUGAGCCUGUCGCCAGGGAGCUGCCCCCGGGCGGCAAGGAGCAGCCCCGGCCGUCGCCCAGCAGGGACAGGAAGGAAACGCCCAUCUGAGUGCCACCCGCCAGCGAGCAGCGGCCUGGAGCCCCGUCAGCGCCGCCUCUGCUGUCCCCACUGUAAAGACGCCUCCUCCACGCGGGUGGUGCUCAGCGCAGGUGACACGAGGACAGAGCGGCACGCGGUGCGGGCUUGUCGGGCACAGAUGAGUUUCCAGCUAGUGUCAGCUUCUUUGAAGAUUAAUUUCCUUUGUUAACUUAAAAUAACUAUUUUAACCCUU